GUGGGCGGAGCCACGAUUUACGCAAUAUAUUUUCAGUUGUAAGAAGGCGGAGCACAUUCUGGACGUCAUUGGCUUUUCAGAAGUGUGUAGGAGGAACCACGAGAGUGCGUCAUGAAUGCCCCGCCCCUGUAUUAGAGGACACUGAGAGAGGAGAGCGAAAGUUCAGUGUGCGCCAGUGGAGAUGUGAGGAGGACACAGGAGCUGCUGACGGACUACACGCUUCACAGAAGUUCGGAGAUAACUGAAGACAAGGACAAAUUUGUUAUUUCUCUUGCUGAGCUCCUCCUGAUGCCCUUAUUUGUCCUAGUAAUGACGGUAACGACUGACAUGAAAUAUUAGUGUUUUAAGUGACUGUGCACGCGCGUUUUUCAUAGAAACAUAUAACGAGUUUGGACAUUAAGCAUUAUUUUAUAUGAUAUGCAGACUUUAAAAAGGGAUAUUUUUGAGAGAAGUUUCAUUUAGAGGAAUAUCUGUUUUUCAGCGUUGUAACUGGAGGACACAUUAAAUAUUCAUUGAAGCACUUUUAAUCUAAGCGGUGUCUAUGGAGCUGUAUAAUCACCCAUAACACACAAAAGUUUCCUCUCUUGGGACUGUAUAUGCCAGGAAAGUUUCCACUGACUUGCCUCAUUCAAAAAAAAGGUGACUGAAACUGAAAAUCCAGCAUGGGAGGUUCACCUCUGAAAAUUGUGAUUUCUCUGUGGUGUCAGCUGGUCAUUGCUGCCUACAGUUUAGAGAUUGGCUCCUAUGACCUGGAGAGAGGGAGACCGGCUAAAUGCGAGCCUAUCGCCAUCCCUAUGUGCCAGGGCAUCGGUUACAACCUCACCCGGAUGCCCAACUUUAUGGACCAUGACAAUCAGAGGGAAGCUGCGAUUAAGCUGAAUGAAUUCGCUCCUCUGGUGGAAUAUGGUUGCGAUGUGCAUUUGAGAUUUUUCCUCUGCUCUCUUUAUGCCCCUAUGUGUACGGACCAAGUGUCCACAUCCAUCCCCGCCUGCCGUCCCAUGUGCGAACAGGCACGUCAGAAGUGCUCGCCCAUCAUGGAGAAGUUUAAUUACGCCUGGCCUGAUUCUUUGGACUGCUCUAAAUUGCCCACCAGAAAUGACCCCAACGCGCUGUGCAUGGAAGCCCCGGAAAAUGAUACCAAAACCGAAACUAAGAAAGGAGAGGGCAUGUUGCCUGUGCCGCCCAGACCAAGGCAGCCCGGCGCUGGGAACGGACGCUCAGGGGGAAGCAUGGGAGUUUGUGAGAACCCGGAAAAGUUCCAGUAUGUGGAAAAGAGCGAGACGUGCGCUCCACGCUGCUCAUCGGCCGUGGAUGUGUUCUGGUCCAGACAGGAUAAGGACUUUGCUUUCAUUUGGAUGGCGGUUUGGUCCACUCUGUGCUUCGUAUCCACGGCUUUCACAGUCCUAACCUUCCUGCUUGACCCACAUCGCUUUCAGUACCCAGAGCGGCCCAUCAUCUUCCUCUCCAUGUGCUACAACGUUUACUCAGUAGCCUUCAUCAUUCGAUCCGUCGCCGGGGCAGAGAACAUUGCGUGUGACCGGGAGAACGGCGAGUUGUAUAUUACAAGAGGCCUGGAAAGUACGGGUUGCACCAUUGUCUUCCUCAUCCUCUACUAUUUUGGCAUGGCAAGCUCCAUCUGGUGGGUCAUCCUCACCCUCACUUGGUUCCUGGCGGCAGGUAAGAAAUGGGGUCACGAGGCUAUCGAGUCGCACAGCAGCUACUUCCACAUGGCUGCCUGGGGCAUACCUGCGCUGAAGACCAUAGUCAUCCUCACCAUGCGGAAAGUUGCAGGCGACGAGCUCACCGGACUGUGCUAUGUGGGCAGUAUGGACGUGGGGGCGCUAACGGGCUUCGUCCUCGUGCCUCUGUCUUGUUACCUCGUUAUCGGGACGUCUUUUAUCCUGACCGGCUUUGUGGCGCUUUUCCACAUCCGAAAGGUUAUGAAGACCGAAGGCACCAACACAGAAAAACUAGAAAAGCUGAUGGUGAAAAUCGGCAUCUACUCCAUCCUGUACACAGUUCCCGCCACCUGCGUCAUCAUUUGCUACUUCUACGAACGUCUCAACAUGGACUACUGGAAAUUUAGAGGGCUGCAAAGCAAGUGCACCACAUUCCCGGGUCGGAGGAACGAGGACUGCUCCCUGGAGUCUUCGGUGCCCACCGUGGCCGUGUUCAUGCUGAAGAUCUUCAUGUCACUGGUGGUGGGCAUCACUAGUGGUGUGUGGGUCUGGAGCUCUAAGACGCUGCAGACUUGGCAGGGGCUGUGUAGCAGGAAGUUGACAGAAAGGACUUGCAGGAAGCACUGCAGCGGGAGCUGCAGCACCAGUCACUGCCACUACAAAGCACCUGCCGUUAUACUGCACAUGUCAAAGACUGAUCCCUACUCGGACUGUCCCACGCACGUAUGAGCGCAGCCCUGAGACUGUGGCCUCAUCUGUGAUGUACCGUACCGUGGACUUUGUGAGAAUAAGACAUACGGUGCAGUGAAGCAAACAAACUUAAAACCCAACAUUGCAGCUAAACAAUGGAUUAACAGUACUUCUUAGUUAAAGGGAGAAUUUUAUCAUUGCUUGCUGUAGCACAAAAUGAGACAGAUAUGCACAUCCUAAUCAGUUAUAAAUAUCUGCAAUCGCUCUUGCAUGGAGACGUGCACAGUGUCCCUAUCUAAAAGCUGUUCGAUGACUUGUUAAUAGGUUUAAUUACUUGUUCGAAUGUUUCAGGACUUCUAUUUAUUGUAUAUAUAUAUAUAUAUAUGUAUAUAUAUAUAUAUUUAAUUGUGUUUGUCUUGGUUUCUCACAAGAUGACAUUGAUCAGUCUGUUAAUAAGUGCCUUUUUGAAGAAGAUAAUAAAAUGUUAUAUAUUUUCAAAAGUUGUCUGAAAUUUCUUCUUUGAAGUAGGCAUUUCAAUAGGUAAUUGCUCACUUAAGCGCCAUCUACUCCUACAAAGACAAACUACACUUUUGUUUUGGUUUUGCUACACAUAACAACAGUAUUAUUUAAAUUUAAUUGAAGUGCUUGUUGUGCCCGGAUGGUUGUGUUUGCAUCUAUUUAGAGGUGGAAGUUAAAGAGAAGCGCCUUGGUGAGACUUUUCACAUGAACUGUAACAAGAAAAUGCGUCAAAGCAAUGCAAAUAUUUUGAUGAAGAAAGCCAGGUUUGCAUCUGAAAGGUUGCCCCAGUUCAAAUGCAAAUCGAUCCUUGAGGGACCCUUUCAGGAGCCUUCAAAAGAGUGGGCUACCCCCGAAUAACACAAGGCUAUGUGGCUUUGUACGCCCCUGACACGAAUAAAUCUAUGUUGUCAGUUUUAGGGGACUAUUGGUCAGAGUUGUGACUAAGCUUGGAUCAUGCAGAUUAAGCUUGUAGCGAAGGCCUCAUUUUUGUUUUAGCACAUUGUUUAUGCAUCGUGUUAUACUCCAUGUUCUUUUUUUUUUUAUUCCUUUUAGCCGUUUGCUCUAUUUUCUCUCUUUAAUUCCCCUCCAUAUGACAGAUGCAGCCGCUUUGGGUGCGCUUUCCUUUGAGCGCGUUUACCAGAACAGAAAUCCCUGGUGGUUUUCUCUCCUUCAUCCUCAAAGGGAAUCGUUGAGCAGAGCGACAGACAGUAGCCUGGAUUUCUCUGUGCGAACGUUCACAUCAUCACCUUUAAACACAGAGGUUGUUCUGGAAUUAUAUUUCAUUAAUGAGGUGCACCACAUGCACACACACACAUCCAGAUUCUCCUAUUGUUGUGUGUCGCUUCUCUCUUCCCCCUCUGCUCUUUGAUGUGAGCCACUCAUGCAAAUAAAGGCACUUUUCUCCGACGCUUGAUCCGGAGCAUGUAGGGCUCCGAUAGCUGCUUGAAUUGUAUUUUCCUCACCCUACCCCGCCCGUUUGGAGCAGCGGAUCUGGGUUUUGAUGAUUCAUUCG